UCUACACUGUAUGGGGGUUUGAAAGGGGGGCCUUGUUGACAAUAGGGUAGCUGUUUUCUUUCUUUUCGGAUCAGCGCACUUCCCAAAACCGCUCAGUGAAAAGAAAUUGGUGGGGUCGAGCCUGUUGCGCACUGAAGGACUCACUGCUGAAAUGCGUCACACGGACCAUACUGUUUAAGGAGGCUGCUGAAUUGAGGCUCGCAGUGAAACUUUUCUUCAGUGGCCUGUUUUUAACGCAGGCAGACAGUUUUUCACUAUUCCGGUGAUAGUCUUAACAAUACAGGAUAUAUAUUGAUUUGGCUGUUCUUUCUCAAGACAUAAUCUUAUACGUGUGUGGCCUCAGAGACACACGACAAUGGCCAUCAAACAUGCAUCUCUUCAGCUGUUGCUCCUGCUUGGACUAUGGAUGCAACUACCACCAUGCACGGCCCAGGCACCCACCAUAUCCAACCGACGCACCACAACACCAACCCCUGCUCAACCACCCACAGUCGUGACAACUGUUCCUCCCCAACCACCUUUGACUGACCCUGUGACGCAAGCCAUGCCACCAAACCCUACCACAAUGCAGAAUCCCAUAACACAAGCGGUGCCAGACCCCACGACGGGAGCUGAUCCCAAUCCCCAACCACCUUCGACUGCAUCUGUGACACAGCCAAUGCCACAAAAUCCUACCACAAUGCCGAACCCCACAACACAAACAGCAGUACCAGACCCCACAACAAAAGCCGUCACAACCAUGUCCCCUACCGUGGCUCCAUCAAUGCCCCCAACAGAUCCUCCUACCGUGCCACCAACUGAACCGCCACCUCCACAAUGCCCAAGCAGAUGCUCCUGCAACAUGGCAGCACGCACUGUGAACUGUGAGAACCAAGGCCUGACAAGCAUUCCCCUAGACCUUCCUUCGUACACCAACACCCUGUACCUCAAAGGGAACACCUUCAACCUUCUGCGUAAGGACGCAUUUAGACACCUGCCUGAUCUGGCCAAUCUUCACCUAGUCUCCUGCGGGAUCCAGUCCAUAGAAGAUGGAGCUUUUGAUGGUCUGAGUCAUCUCCGAGUCCUGAAUCUCAGGAACAAUCGCCUCACCUUACUUAACACACUUCUCAAAGGGAUGCCAGAGCUAGAGAUGCUGGACCUGGAGCACAACAGCUUGAAUGAAUUAACUGACCACAUCCUGGACAAUCUCCCCAAUCUCCGCACCCUGCACAUUGGCAGUAACCAAGGCCUUCAUUAUGUCAGUGUUGGGGCUUUUAACUCCAAUCCCGCACUGAAGACUCUGAGUAUCUCCUACUGUAAUCUCAGCCAGAUAGCCCCAAUGGUGUUUCAAAACUUGACACUCCUGGAGAUCCUGAACUUGUCUGGGAAUCCAAUUGCUGAGAUUUCAUCUGCUGCUUUUCAGGGUCUUUCCUCCCUUCAGGAGCUCCUGCUGUCCAGCAUGUCACUCUCGACUCUCAGCGAUGCGGCCUUCCAGGGUCUUUCCCAGCUGAAGGCCCUAAAUCUCGCCAACAACCGUCUCACCAAUUUGAACAUUGACACAUUUACGCCACUAACAUCACUGUCGACCCUGGUUAUGACACAAAACCCAUGGGAUUGCAACUGCGACAUGGGUAAUUUGAUAGCUUGGCUUAAAGACACCUCCCUCCGUCAGAUUGAUUUCUACACAUCACAGUCAACCUGCUACUCCCCUGAAGAACUGCAGGGGAGACGCUUGGACACUAUCCCACAUGAACAAUUUGCCUGCGUGCCAAUCUUCAUCCUCAUCCCCGAUUCCAAAGUUGUCCCCUACCAGGAGUGGACAAUCUUCCAGUGUAACGCAAGAGGUGAUCCCACCCCUGAUAUUGAAUGGUACCUUCCAGAUGGGUCAAGGGUCACAACCACAAGCAAUGCCGAGAAUGUGUACACUAGCAGCGACGGUAGAGCCCUCAUCAUCCAAAAACCUGGGGCAGCAAACAGCGGAACAUACAACUGUACAGCAAGAAAUAGUAACGGGGCUUCAUCUCUAAGCGUCUCUCUGGCUGUGACUGGUUUACCGACGACUACAGUUCCGACCACUGUGGGAGAGGCUACCACUGCAAUGACACAACCACUACCAUGUACCUUUGCUUCAAUCCAGGUGAGAGUGGGUGAAAUCACCGAUACUACCAUCGAGAUGAGAUGGACGCUCUACAAUGAUCCUCAUCUCAAAGGCUAUAUCAUACAGACCACAGAGUUUGGAGCAGCCCUCUCUACCACAAGGCUGGCUGGUGAAACAGACACUUCCUUUGUUGUGACUGAUCUCACUGCCGGAACAAACUACAUUAUCUGUGUGACUGUCUUUCUAGAAACGUGCCCCAGCUACACCACCUACGACCAGUGUGAGCAACUAACAACAGGCGGCAAGACAGAUGACGGGAUAGCGGCUCUGGUAACCAAACAUCGCAACGAGAUCAUCGGCACAGCUCUGGCCACAUUCUUCGGCACGCUCUUCAUUCUCGCCUCUAUCUUUGUCAUCCUGUGGCAGUACCGCAAACCCAAGUCAUACACCAAGUACGACUUCAAGACCACGCCAGACACAGCUCAGUUUGCGGACAUGGAGAUAGGAGAGAGCAGCCAGGGACCCACCUCCAACCCACAAAUUCGCUACACCGGUUCUAUCACUUAUGACAACCGGGGAGCCGUGCUCCCAGACGAUGAGGUACUGAAUGGGAGGCAGCAGAUCCCACCUGAGGACCAUGUAGUUGAGGUGUACCCCGAAUCACCUGAGGGGCCAUACUCCAUUCCACCUGAUGCUCUCUACGCUGUCCCGGAGAAGAAAGGCAAGGGUAAGGGGAAAGGCAAAGGGAAAGGAAAGAGGAACUCCCAGGCACCCUUAAUUGAGAUAGAGAUGGACAAGAGGAACAGCGACUACAUGGUGCCCACACCCACCAAGGAAGAAGACACUCCGGUCUUGGAAGCUAAGCUGGUGGACCAAGACGACAAAGAAGAUGCUGAAAUCGGGGAGAUGGGCCACCUGUACGAGGAGCUUGACAGUCCCAAGUGCAACUGCGAUCCCGUGGUCAAUGGGAUCAUACAGAGCAAUGGACAUGUGCCCAACCACAAUCACUCCAAUGGGUCCAAUCGAAACAGCGCUGGCAGCAACAAAGUUCGGUUCACCCUACCGGAGGAUCAGACACCGAUAGGGAAUGGACAUGUCAACAAACAUGAGGAAAUGACAGUAGGCCUAUAGGUACCACACGGAAGAAAUGAAAAGUAAAUACAUAUUGUGCCGGGUAAGUCAAAUAACAAUUCAUGUACAUGACCACUGCACAAUGCACUCUCUUGACGUGUACAUGUAUAGAUCAAGUUUGCAAAAACCUGUACUGAUUUGGAUUUGAAGUACAUGUACAAUGUACAUGUUAAUUUGAUUUGUUUAUUCACUGCUGUAAAUAAAGGAGCUUUUUUUUCAGCUAAAAUACUCACAAAGCGAUGAUUAAGAAGAAUGAAGUCCACUUGAAUGGGUCAAAUUCAACAGUGGCAAAUGUUGAAGACGCUUUUGCACACAGCAAAUUAUGUACCAAUCUCCAAAUAUGCGAGGUAUAGUUGUAAUAAUGAAAGUAUUGUACACAGUUAUUUGGCGUCAAAAUGAGGGCAAUUUGCAAAUUUGCAAAUUUGACAUGAUUGUUCUUGUAGUCAGUUGCACACUGACCAAGACACCAGACCAUGCUGCAGCUGCUGGAGCUGGGGGUUGCUAGCAUUUAAGGCUUGCCCCAAAUCAUGUGAUCUACAUGUAGUAACAGUCUCUUUGGUCAGGAGAAUGCAAAGUUAAAACGUGCAAAGCAUUGGAUUAAGUCAGUGUUCCUGAUUUUAUUCAAAUUUGACUCGCAAACGGCUUAUUCUUUUGUGGGGGUUGAGCCCCACCUCAACAAGCUUGUCAAGCUCAAUUUUAAUCUCACAAACUCAAAAGAACUGAAUGUUUUUUUUAUGUUGCAAGGUAUUAAAAGGGCUAAGAAAUGUAUCUAAUAGAAACAACCA